AGAUUAUGCGGAAAUGGCAGUGAGUGGUCUCUUGUUCAGAUUUUCCUCCGCCGCGUCGCUUCACUCUCAUUCACAGGAGACUGGCCCAGCCAACCACAAGUGAAACGUCUAGUGCACCAUGGCAGAGCAGGACCUCACACCGGAGCAGCUGAAAGAGAUCGCCGCGGCCAACGAGGAGAAAGAAUCGGACAUAAACUACAAACCUCCUGCACAGAAGAGCUUACAGGAGAUCCAGGAGCUGGACAAAGAUGACGAGAGCCUGCGGAAGUACAAGGAGGCGCUGCUGGGCAAGGCUGCCGUGGUCGCAGAUCCCACUGCACCAAAUGUCCAGGUGACACGGAUGACGCUGAUGUGUGAAAAUGCACCCGCUCCCUUGAUCCUUGACCUGCAGGGAGACCUGGAGAACUUCAAGAAGCACCCAUUCACACUGAAGGAGGGAGUUGAGUACAGAAUAAAGAUCAACUUCAAGGUGAACAAAGAGAUCGUUUCAGGUCUGAGAUACAAUCAGCAAACAUUCAGGAAAGGAGUCAAAGUGGAUAAGUCGGACUACAUGGUGGGAAGCUACGGCCCGAGACCGGACGAGGAAUACGAGUUCCUCACCACCCUGGAGGAAGCCCCCAAAGGGAUGCUGGCCCGCGGCACUUACAACAUCAAGUCCAAGUUCACAGACGACGACAAGUACGACCAUCUCUCCUGGGAGUGGAGCCUCGCUAUCAAGAAGGACUGGAAAGACUGAUUUUUUUCCCGCUGCGUC